UACGCCGCCGAAGUUCUUCCAAGUUUGAGCCAGUUAUCUCGCGUCUAGAACCGAUUCAAACGUGUUCAACUCCUUCGUUCAUAUUCGGUUUACGUCCGAUGGAUCGAUUUCGAUUGUUAAGUGAUUCGGUUACAUCGAUUUGAUUAAAUUUAGCUAUGAUAGUGCAAAAUGUCCGGUUCAGUUUACGUGCUCGAUCAUUCAUCUAUAUUGGAAUUUUACUUUUGUUACUUAUCGCAUCGUACUCGACAGGCAAACGAUAUGCUUUCACCGAGAAACAACGAUAUGACGGUUGGUUUAAUAACUUAGCACAUCCGGAUUGGGGUACCGUUGAUAGUCAUAUGACUAGGAAGACGCAGCCUUCGUAUACCGAUGGAGUUUACAUGAUGACCGGUAUGAAUCGGCCCAGCCCCAGAACCCUUAGUACGUUAUUUAUGAAAGGGGAAGAUGGACUGUCGUCGAUCAAGAAUCGUACCGCUUUAUUGGCGUUUUUCGGACAAGUAGUCAGUUCGGAAAUCGUCAUGGGAAGCGAAAAAGGAUGUCCUAUCGAAGUACACAACAUAGAGAUAGAGAAAUGUGACGAAAUGUACGAUCCGGACUGCGAAGGUGGCAAAUCGAUACCAUUCCAUCGGGCCGGAUACGAUCGUAAGACUGGCCAAAGUCCCAAUAAUCCUCGUCAACAAAUAAACAGAGUUACCAGUUGGAUAGACGGUAGUUUCAUCUAUAGUACAAGCGAAGCAUGGGUGAACGCUAUGAGAUCCUUCGUCAACGGUACCUUAUUAACAGAUAAGACUGGAAAACUGCCAAUAAGAAAUACAAUGAGAGUUCCUUUAUUUAAUAAUCCAGUGCCGCACGCUUUAAGAACCUUAAGUCCGGAAAGAUUAUUUCUUCUCGGAGAUCCUCGUAGUAACCAAAAUCCGGCUUUAUUAGCUUUCGGAAUUUUAUGGUUUCGAUGGCAUAACGUAGUCGCCAAACGGGUCCAAGAAAAGCAUCCAGAUUGGCCCGACGAAGAAGUGUUCCAAAAAGCUAGACGAUUUGUUAUAGCUACUUUACAGAAUAUUAUAGCUUACGAAUAUAUUCCAGCAUUUCUGGGAGAGAACCUUCCAGAUUACAGUGGCUAUAAAGUAGACGUACAUCCUGGAAUAAGUCACGUCUUUCAAACUGCUGCUUUUCGUUUCGGGCAUACGCUUAUUCCUCCCGGUAUUUAUAGAAGAGACGGGCAAUGUAAUUUUAGAAAGACUCCCAGCGGAAGUCCCGCUUUAAGGCUGUGCUCCCAUUGGUGGGAUUCUAGCGAUGUAAUAUCAGAUAACACUGUUGAAGAAAUGAUGUUAGGAAUGGCUUCUCAAUUGGCCGAAAGAGAAGACGCAAUCCUAUGUUCGGACGUUCGUGAUAAAUUAUUCGGUCCUAAUGAAUUUUCCAGAAGAGAUCUCGCUGCAUUAAAUGUAAUGAGAGGUCGCGACAACGGUGUCGCCGAUUACAACACUAUUCGAUCGUACUUCCAUUUACCUCGAAUUAAAAAAAUGGAAGACAUAAACCCGGGGUUGUUCGAAAAACAUCCCCAAUUGGCCAUCAAAUUAAACGAAGCUUACGGUAACGUUAAUAAUAUCGAUUUAUAUAUCGGAGGAAUGCUCGAAUCGAAGGACGGUCCAGGAGAACUAUUCACUACCAUAAUGAUGGAUCAAUUCACAAGACUUCGAGAUGCUGAUAGAUUCUGGUUCGAGAAUGAUGAAAAUGGAGUAUUCACCAAAGAAGAAAUAGAUGACAUAAGAACGAUCACAAUGUGGGAUAUAAUAGUCAACAGUUCCGACACAUCGCCAGAUUCCAUUCAAAAAGAAGUAUUUUUCUGGACCGAAGGAGAUCCUUGUCCUCAGCCUAUGCAAUUAAAUGCCACCAGCAUGGAACCUUGUAAAUAUUUGACCGGAUACGAUUACUUCGAGGGAAGUGAACUAGUCUAUCUUUACGCCUGUAUAUUUUUGGGCGUUGUGCCAUUAGUAUGCGCCGGAGCCGGAUACUGCGUUGUCAAAGUACAAGAAGAAAGAAAAAGGCAGUUUAGAAUGAAACAAGAAGAGCUCAAAAGCGGUACAAAAGUCAGCGGAGUGGUUGAUAAAAUGAGCGUUCGUGAAUGGUUACACGCGAAUCAUAAACGUUACGUUAAAGUCAAACUUAGUCCUGGAGCUAUAUUGCAUACAGUUGAUCGAAAAGGUGAAAAGCUCAGAUCGGUCGACUUCUCUAAUUACGAAACGAUCACCGUAGAAGAAUCUCAAAAUAUGAAUCGUGGUAAAAAGAAGAGACCAUUGGUGCUGAUACACGUUCCAAAAGAUCACGAUCUAGUUUUAGAAUUCGAUUCGGUGACCGAACGACGUAAAUUUAUUAAUAAAAUCGAAGCGUUCCUUAAUUCGCAUAAGAAGCAUUUAAUUAUAAUUCAAGCGCCUCGCGAACUACUUUUAGCAAAGGCGGAAACUAGAGAAAGACGACAGAAACGUCUCGAACACUUUUUCAGAGAAGCUUACGCUUUAACUUUUGGUCUGAAACCUGGAGAACGUCGUUCGGACGACGAAGCUGGAGAAGUCGUCAUGCGAACAUCCCUAUCAAGGGCAGAAUUUGCCAGCGCUUUGGGUAUGAAACCACACGAUGUGUUUGUUCGUAUGAUGUUCAAUAUCGUUGAUAAGGAUGGAGAUGGAAAGAUAUCGUUUCAAGAAUUUCUGGACACCGUUGUAUUAUUCUCUCGUGGCAAAACCGAAGACAAACUGCGAAUAAUUUUCGAUAUGUGCGAUAACGAUCGUAAUGGAGUAAUAGAUAAAGGAGAAUUAUCCGAAAUGCUGCGAUCAUUAGUCGAAAUCGCCAGAACUACCAGUCUUUCAGAUGCUCACGUUACCGAAUUGAUCGACGGAAUGUUCCAGGAUGCUGGAUUGGAAAACAAGGAUUUCCUGACGUACAGCGAUUUCAAGUUGAUGAUGAAAGAAUAUAAACGAGACUUCGUAGCCAUUGGGUUAGAUUGUAAAGGAGCCAAACAGAACUUCUUAGAUACAUCUACGAAUGUCGCAAGAAUGACUAGUUUCCACGUCGAACCAAUGGGUGAAGAAGAUAAAGGCUGGUUACCUCGUAGAAUAGACUGCGUUAUUACAUAUUUAGAAGAAAACCGACAAAACAUUUUCUAUUUAUUUUUAUUCUACGUAAUAACCGUAGCAUUAUUCGUAGAACGUUUCAUUCAUUACUCAUUCCUAGCCGAGCACACAGAUUUACGUCACAUAAUGGGCGUAGGAAUAGCCAUAACUCGAGGUUCUGCGGCAUCUCUAUCGUUUUGUUAUUGUCUUCUGCUGAUAACGAUGUCGCGUAAUUUAUUAACUAAGCUGAAAGAAUUCUCCAUUCAGCAAUAUAUUCCAUUAGAUUCGCAUAUACAGUUCCACAAACUGGUCGCUUGUACGGCGUUAUUUUUCUCUUUAGUCCACACCAUCGGCCACUUAGUCAAUUUUUAUCAUUUAUCGUGCCAGCCUUUAGAGCAUCUGCAUUGUUUAACUUCCGAAAUACAUUUCCCAUCGGAUUGUAAACCUGGUAUAACGUUUUGGUUAUUCCAAACGAUCACUGGUAUCACCGGUGUAUUGCUGUUCGUCGUAAUGGUGAUAAUAUUCGUAUUCGCUCAUCCUAUAAUAAGAAAAAAAGCGUACAGAUUUUUCUGGAUGACUCACGGAUUUUACGUAGUACUCUAUGCAUUAAUGUUGAUCCAUGGUUUAGCCAGGAUCACAGGUGCACCUAGAUUCUGGUUCUAUUUCAUCGGACCUGGAAUCGUAUUCUUACUAGAUCAGGUUGUUAGUUUAAGAACAAAGUAUAUGGCUUUGGAUAUCCUAGAAACCGAAUUGUUACCUUCGGAUGUGAUAAGAGUAAAAUUCUAUCGACCGCCGAAUUUCAAAUACUUAUCCGGUCAAUGGGUUCGUUUGGCUUGUACAGCCUUUCGUCAAAAUGAAUUUCAUUCUUUUACAUUGACGUCGGCACCUCACGAGAAUUUCCUAUCGUGCCAUAUUAAAGCUCAAGGACCGUGGACUUGGAAAUUACGUAAUUAUUUCGAUCCUGUCAAUUUCAUCGCGCAGGAAGAACAAGCCAAGAUACGCUUAGAAGGUCCGUUCGGUGGCGGUAAUCAAGACUGGUAUAAAUUUGAAGUGGCCGUUAUGGUCGGAGGUGGAAUAGGAGUAACGCCGUAUGCCUCCAUAUUAAACGAUUUAGUCUUCGGAACGUCCACAAAUCGGUAUUCGGGCGUUUCGUGUAAAAAAGUGUACUUUUUAUGGAUAUGUCCGUCGCAUAGACAUUUCGAAUGGUUUAUCGACGUUCUUCGAGAUGUCGAGAAAAAAGACGUCACCAAUGUAUUAGAAAUUCAUAUAUUUAUUACUCAAUUUUUUCAUAAGUUUGAUCUCCGUACGACAAUGUUGUACAUUUGUGAAAAUCAUUUCCAAAGAUUAAGUAAAAUGAGUAUGUUUACCGGACUGAAAGCCGUUAAUCAUUUCGGCAGACCGGAUAUGUCUUCGUUUUUGAGAUUCGUUCAAAAGAAGCACAGUUACGUGAGUAAAAUCGGUGUAUUCAGUUGUGGUCCGAGACCGUUAACGAAGAGCAUAAUGUCCGCGUGCGAAGAAGUAAAUAAAGGAAGGAGUCUACCAUAUUUCAUACAUCACUUUGAAAAUUUCGGAUAAAACCGGUGAAUUAUUUACUAUCGAAAAACGCCAAGCGUUACCUUAUACCCGUGAUUCCUAGUGGCCAUUUUUAAUUUUACGUCAUUUUUAAACAUUUUUUUUUCUAUGCAAAUUUUUAUUAUUUAUAAUAUUACGUAACAUGUUACCUUUUUUAAUUUAUUUUCAAUAAAAUAUUUUCAAGUGUCAUUUAUAAA